UAAAAAAACUUCGUUUGAAAGUCGUUAAAUGCUGUAAACGUUGCAAUAGUUUGCAAUAAAAAAAUAAUUGAAAUACUACAAACCUCGUGACACAUAGGUUACAUAUAAGUUUAAUAAAUGUUUCAAUAAACCUCAAAGAAACACGCGCGGCCACUGACCCGCAGAGUUUGAUAAAAUUGUGUUUGCUAAAUCUAACAAAAUUCCGCCUUACAAGAUGGAUGAUUUUCUUAAAAUAGAAAAAAUUGGCGAAGGCACCUACGGAGUAGUGUAUAAAGGAAAAAAUAAAAUAACUGGACAGUUUGUUGCUAUGAAGAAAAUUAGGUUGGAAUCUGAAGAUGAAGGCAUUCCCUCGACAGCUAUACGGGAAAUUUCCCUGCUAAAAGAAUUAAAUCACCCGAAUAUUGUCAAGCUGGAAGAUGUACUAAUGGAGGAAUCUCGCCUUUAUCUUAUAUUCGAGUUUUUAUCAAUGGAUUUAAAGAAAUACAUGGAUUCUCUAGGAUCAGGCAAAUUCAUGGAUCCCACGGUAGUGAAAAGUUACCUGUAUCAGAUAAACAAUGCUAUCUUGUACUGCCACCAACGUCGCAUACUACACAGAGACUUAAAACCUCAGAAUCUUCUUAUUGAUAAAACUGGUAUUAUCAAGGUGGCAGACUUUGGUCUUGGACGGGCAUUUGGUGUACCAGUGAGGGUAUACACUCAUGAAGUUGUAACACUUUGGUACAGAGCACCUGAAGUCCUGCUUGGCAGUCAAAGGUAUUCAUGCCCAAUUGACAUGUGGUCAGUGGGAUGUAUUUUCUCAGAAAUGUCCUCAAAGAAGCCUUUAUUUCAAGGUGAUUCAGAAAUCGAUCAACUCUUCCGCAUAUUCAGAAUGUUGAGAACGCCUACUGAAGAUAUCUGGCCAGGUGUAUCUUCACUACCAGACUACAAACCCACAUUCCCUAACUGGACUACUUUUAAUCUUCAUAACCAUGUGCAAAAUCUAGACGAGACUGGCAUGGACCUCCUCCAGAAGAUGCUCGUGUACGACCCGGUGCGACGCAUCAGUGCGAAGGACGCGCGCAGACACCGCUACUUCCGGGACGUGAAGCUGCCGCCCGGACUAGCUACACACGCGCCCUACAUACGAUACACUGCCGACGGCUCACCAGACACUGACAACACAGUGCAGAGUGUCUAAUGUGCAUAAUAUAUAUUAUAGUGCCUAAAAACAAAGUGAUAGAGUGUAUUGAAAAUAUCUAUUACACAACCAAAAUGAGAGGUUGUGCUGCUACUGAUAAUGGCAUGCCAUUGAGCAAUCCUACAGCCUUAUGACUUGUUGGUGACAUUGCAGAGUAUUAAUUCUAACAACUUCUCGAGUUAAUAACUAUUAGACACAAAGAUACAGUAGACUGUUAUUGCCAACAGCACUAGGUCACAUUCAGCUAGAGCAGUAUUUCUGUAUGGAUCAUGUAUAAAAUAUCUAUGUAGUUAGGGAGGCUGAGUAUCAUCUGUGCAUGUUGGUAUUUAGGGAUCAAAUACAUGUUACAAUUUGUUAACCUAUGAACAUUGUUGUAACAGCAUUGAUAUAUAAAUAGUGUUUUUUAUUAAAACUGAAAUGUAGAUACUUGAAAUUUAGGUCCUGACUGGUUGAUUAUCAACGCACAAUUGACAGAGACUUUGAAAUUCAGAGGGUUAAGUUUUAUAGGGCUGCAUCUGGUCUUCUGUUUUACCCAAAUGUUAAUCCGAUAAUGUCUUUUUUUUAACUCAAGGCAAAAAAUAUGUAUGGUCAUAACAAAUUUGCGGGAAAAAUUAAUAAUUUUAAACAUAAACACAUUCAAUAAAAUAAAUGUAUUUUAUUGUGGUAUCACCAUUAUAAUAAAUUAAUCAUACCAUUUAAAUUAUUAUGGGGUUAAGAGAAAUUUUAUAGCAAAGUGCAACAACCGUAAAGAGAAUCGAAAUUGCCUAACUUUUAUAACUUAAAUUUUUUUUAAUGUAAUUAACUUUUUUAGUGUAGAAAAUUCAUGUAUAAAUUAUUUUAUUACACAAAAAUAACUAUCAUUUUAAACAAAAUUUUAUUGAUAAUUCUUUAAUUCAGAUAUUAGAAAACUUUACCUACCCCCAGUCCAGUCUUAUUUUUAUAUACAUUCAAUUUUAAUCUAUUCAUCCAGUUGUCAGACUAUUUUAUGUAAAAUAUUCUUAUUAUAUUUUUUAUCGUCCUUGAAAAAAAAGGUUACAAGUUAAACUUUUUCUUGUAAUUGUCUUAUUAAAGAGUAAUCAAUGAAACUCAUACUUUGUCAACUAUUUUGUAUUAUAAAUGCAUAAAUAGUAUUUGCUUUAUCUGUAACAAAAAGUUUACACAAAAGAAGUAUGUAUGUAUUUUAAAUUAGUUGGAUUUUUAAUGUUUCAAAAAAUAAUAAAAUAUUAACAAAAAGAUUGUUCCAAUUAUAAAACUUAUAAUAUUGUAAACUCAUAAUGUGUACCGAUUACUUGUCAAUCCUUCGUAAUAUGUAAUUUAUAAAUAUGUGAUGGUUUUUAAAAAUUUUAUAAAUGGUAGAUAUAGAUUUGAAAUUUAAAUUUAAAAAAAAAAAGAUUGUGUUACAAAUAUCAAAGUUCAAAAUAAUAAUUUAGUAUCAAACCAGUAAAGACUCUAAAGUGUUACCUACCACUGCCAUUAUAUUCCAUUACAAGAUGGAAUUAUUUCCAUCAUCAUAAGACUAAAUUAGAUGUUUAAUGAUUAGCCGUAACAUUGUAGUUCACGCCGUAAAGAAUUUUAAUUAAAUUCCGAUGAGAAUGGGAUGCGACAUUUUGUAAUUGAGACACAUGCAGAGUGAGGUCGGCCUGGUAGUUUUGCAUCGGCGAAUUAGCGAGACGUUGCUGUAGAUUUUGAAAGGAUCAUUAAUAAGAUUUAUAGUUUUCAGAUUAUGUUAGUGAGUAGAUUCAUAAUAAAUAGCAACUAAAAUACAUUCGUAGACGAUCAUCUUAAAUCCUAUUCGCUUUUUUCUAUCGCGACAUUUGCAAUGAUUUAUUGUAUUGUUCAGAAAUUAAUAUCAGCGCGCCUUCUCUCGUGAACUGUCAUUCUGAUUCAUUUUGACCAGGUUCCAUCCCAUUCUGAUAGCGCGGAUUUCACUGUUUAACUAAAAACCUAGUAAGAAUAGAUACUUACUUUUUCGACAAUUUUUUUGUGGCAUCAAAGUAUUUUAUUUAUUUAUUUCAUAGUUAUCCUUAAAAAGUAAUUGUCACUAGACUUUGAAUUCAAGCUAUUUGGAUCUUACCAACGUGUACUAAAAUAUUUUAAAUAUAGACAGACAUUUCGUUAAAUUACUUAAGUGAUAAAAUAUUUAUGAUGUAAUAAUAAUGUAACAAAAAAGGGCACUAACAAUAUAAUACCGUGGUAUAAAGAUUGACUUAAUUUUUGACUCAAUCGGUUGGUGUUUCUCUUUACUACCCAUGCAGAUAAAGCGAGAAUGUACAAACGAUAAGUGAAUGGAGGCAAUGUCACUUUCAAUAUCAUUAUUUAUCUGCAUGGGUAGUAUGACUGCUCACUUGACUAGGAAAUCUCAUUAACUACGAAACUAACUCGUAUUGUUCGAAAGCUAGACAUUACUUGACAUACAUAUUUGAAAUAUUGUCAUAUCAAAAUCAUAACUGCUGUAAUUUUGACGGGAAAUUUGUGCUGCCAAUUUUUAUAAGCUCUUGAACGAAUUGAAUAUUCAAAUCCUUGUUACCUCAAGUUGCCAAAAUCAACUUUUUAUAAAAAACGAACAGAAUUUUAUAUUUUGUAUUUUAUAUACAUUGUAAACAAAAAUACACACAAAAACAACGAUU